AUGUUGUCGCCCUUGCCCGCAGAGGUUCUCCUCGCCAUUGCGGAGCACCUCGAGGUUAGGGACCUUACGACCUUGCUCCGCGUCAAUACCUUCUUCCACUCGAUCUUCGUCGGGCCCGCGUACCGAUGUGUGGAGGCUCAUGUGCAAACUCUCAACGUCCGGCCACAUCACUCUGACGUCUGCAAGAACGUUCCGGAGCACAGCCUGAUCCACGUGAAACUCGUUCGUCUCUACGCUACCUCUGCACGCGUCUAUCACCUAGUGCACGAAGAAGAUCUCUACCCUCCGAGCAUAUGGCAAGGCCCCGACGAUUUUUCCGGAGCGUUCAAUGAGGACUUCCUCCGCUGGACGCAAAGGGCUGAACCAGCUUGCGGCUUCCUACGAAGCAUCCGCACGGACACCAUUGUCAUCACAGAAGCAGCGCUAUCAGGCAGCAGCUCGGUUGGUGACUUGCAAGGUUGGGCCGCGGAUGUCAAGCGCGUCAUCCUAUUCUUGCCACCGGCGUGGACACAGCUCACCAGCGUGGCUGACGCUCUCUAUCACUCCCCCGGCCCUAGCGACGACGGGCUCGAGCCCCUCAUCCCCACAGGCAUGUUUCUCCAAUUUGCACCGCCGCGUGCGCAAUCUUUUACCGCCGUCGUUCAACACCCAGGAAUCUCGUGGUAUGGCCUGUCUGACCCCGCGAGCAUCGACUCUUUCGCCGACGCGCUUCUCAAAGGACCUCGAACGCUUUUGAGGGGCGUCGUCGAUGUCCUCGAAGACUUUGGCUGCCCCGUAUCUUCUCUUCAUAGGCUCUGGCCUGUCCUGAAGCAGUUCACCCUUGUGCUGCCUGAGGGACUGCUCUCGUCCGACUGCCGGGACUACCUCGUCCAAGAGAUCGAAACCCGCCUACGCGAAUACGACGCUCCUGCCGAUCGACCACCGAUGCCCACAGUCCGCAUCCUCAGUAUGCUGGAAUUUAUGGCACUUCCCGAGUACAAGGAUGUCAUGACUCCCAAGCAAAUGGCUCUGUGGAGUGAGCGCUCGGUGCUCCCCCACUUCAACGCCACUCGGGAGUACGUCAAGCAGUGCGUCGAGUGGAGCCGACGUCGGAGGGAGUUGCUGUUGCGCAAGUACCCCAACUACGAACGACAUGGCUCUUUCGAAGCAUCUCUGGGACCUCCACCUUGGUAG